UGAUGUGUCAUUGUUUUUCCUGUGUGGAUUGUAUGGGCCAUUGUGCAUUGUGACAUGUUGGUUUAUAUGGGGGUGGGGGAGUCUUCAGUACCUAACUAGUGUUCUGUUUUGGUGCGUUGUGUAGGUUGCAGCAUGCCAAAUGAAUCUUCUCUGCCAGUGUGGCUGCCAAACCAAGAGAUAAUUGCAAGGGAAGUCCUGUUAGAAGCUGAACGUGGUUUUGUUUGUCCUGAAUGUGGCAAAAAGCUGCGCAGCUCUGUUACACUCAAGAGGCACAUCCUCGAUCUCCACCGGGUGCAGACUGAACAGUUUUGGUGCAAGAUAUGUAGAAAACAUUAUCGGACAAAAAACAGCCUUGUUGUGCAUUUGUGCAAAUAUCAUCCGAAUGAUAAGGGGUUGUAGUCCAAAGACACU